CGCGGCGGGAUGCGCACCGCCCCGGCCCCGGCCGCCGCCGUCCGCGCUCUCCAUGGGGCUGCGGAGCUGGCUGCGGAGCGCCUGCUGCUGCCCGUGCCGCUGCCUGGACGAGCCCGCGCUGCCCGAGAAGGAGCCCCUGGUCAGUGGUGACAACCCAUAUUCCUCAUUUGGAGCAAUGCUGGCCAGGGAUGAUGAGAAGAAUUUGUGGAGUCUUCCUCAUGAUGUGUCUCACACAGAGGCAGAUGAUGACAGAAUGCUGUAUAAUUUGAUAGUCAUUCGUAACCAGCAGGCCAAAGACUCAGAGGAAUGGCAAAAGCUCAACUAUGAUAUCCAUACCCUGAGGCAGAUUCGGAGAGAAGUCAGAAACAGAUGGAAAUGCAUUUUAGAAGAUUUGGGUUUUCAAAGGGAAGCGGACUUGCUGUUGUCGGUGACAAAACUCAGCACUAUGAGUGAUUCUAAAAACACAAAGGAAGCUCGAGAGAUGCUAUUAAAGCUGGCUGAAGAGACCAAUAUUUUCCCAACCAGCUGGGAGCUCUCCGAGCGGUAUCUCUUCGUGGUGGACCGUCUCAUUGCUCUGGAUGCAGCAGAAGAGUUCUUUAAAGUAGCCAGUCGAACUUACCCCAAAAGCUCUGGGGUCCCAUGCCUGGCAGAUGUUCAGAAAGAACCACACUACCUUCCAUUUCCAAGUCCCUAAGGAGAGGCCCAGAGGCAGAAAGGGAAAUUUCCCACUGGGACUCAAGAGUUAACCAAAGCUGGACAAGGAGCGCUUGCUGUGUGAAAAGGAUUCUGAAUUCUAUAAAAUGUGAGGUCUUCAUGAGGACCUUAUUUGUGAAGUGUUCCUAGCUACAUUGAGACACCAGAGUGACCUUACUUUCCAGAAAAGAAGUUAAAGAGCUGCUCAGAGGGAGAGUUCUGGGAUGAUCACAUAAAGAGCUCAUUUUUCCCAGCUUCAGUUUUAAUGGGGUACAAUCAGUUUGGAUCAUUUAGCCUAUGAUGGAGUGCAUUAUCCUAACUGGUAAAAUAAAAUGGUUACCAAAGAGAGCAAUCAGCUGGGUGCUGGUGGCUCAUGUUUGUAAUCUUAGCUACUCAGGAGGUUGAGAUCUGAGGAUCGUGGUUCAAAGCCAGCCCGGGUAAGAAAGGCCACGAGACUCUUA